CUAAAGCUAAUCUACCAGUGCAUCUCAGGCCCCAGCUACACAGUCCUACUGCACAGCCGCUGCCCCCUGCUCCAGUCCCACCUUCUAGAAGUAGAGGUUCGAUCCCACAUCCCCGAAUGGCGUCCCACUAGCUCCCCCCCAAGAACACCCCCGUCGGCAGCAAAAAUGGCGGCGUGCAACGGCCUGUUCCUGUACCACAUCCUGGGCCUGGCCUCCCUCCUGGCCGUGUUCUACUUCUCCCUCCUCGGCGAAGUGGACCUCCGCGGCCCCCUCCUCCCUUCCUCGCCCGCCGGCUCCCACAACGCGUCCUCGUCCCCGCAGCCGCCCUUCGUGGAGCGGCGCGGCACGCAGCUGUUCCUGGGCGGCCGCCCGUUCUACAUCAACGGGUGGAACUCGUACUGGCUCAUGGACCAGGCCGUGGAGCCGUCCAGCCGGCACCGCGUGUCCGCCAUGUUCCGGGCCGCCGCGGGCAUGGGCCUCACGGUGUGCCGCACCUGGGCCUUCAACGACGGCACCUACAACGCGCUCCAGCUCGCCCCUGGCCGCUUCGACGAGCGCGUCUUCAGGGCCCUGGACCGGGUGCUCGCCGAGGCGCCCCGCCACGGCGUCAGGCUCGUCCUCAGCCUCGCCAACAACCUCGAGGCCUACGGCGGCAAGACGCAGUACGUGCGGUGGGCGUGGGAGGAAGGGAUCGGCCUCAGCUCCUCCAAUGACUCCUUCUUCUUCGACCCCGCCAUCCGCGACUACUUCAAAGUCUACAUCAAGGCAUUGCUGACAAGGAAGAAUCACUUGACCGGGGUGCUGUACAAGGACGACCCUACCAUCUUGGCGUGGGAGCUGAUUAACGAGCCGAGAUGCAUCACCGAUCCGACCGGCAACACUCUGCAGCGGUGGAUCGAGGAGAUGGCGGCGUACGUGAAAUCGAUCGACAGGAAGCAUCUGCUGACCGUCGGCACCGAGGGGUUCUACGGCCCGACGAGCACCCCCGACAAGCUCAACGUCAAUCCGGGGCAUUGGUUCAACAACUACGGCCUGGACUUCAUUCGCAACUCCAUGGUCUCAGACAUCGACUUCGCCUCCAUCCACCUUUACCCUGACACCUGGCUGCUGGACGCCAAGCUGGAAGAGAAGAUCAAGUUCGUGGGGCAAUGGAUGAGCUCCCACUUCGAGGACGGGGAGAAGGAGCUUGGCAAGCCCGUGCUGCUGACAGAGUUCGGGCUGUCGCACAUGACCAAGGGCUUCGAGCAGUCGCACCGGGACGCCCUGUACAGGGCGGUGUACGACAUCGCCUACGCGUCCGCCGAGAGGGGCGGCGCCGGCGCCGGCGCAUUCGUGUGGCAGCUCGCCGCCGAGGGCAUGGAGGACUACCACGACGGCUUCUCCAUCGUGCCGAGCGAGACGCCGUCGAUGCGCGCGCUGCUCAAGGAGCAGUCGUGCCGGAUGGCCGCGCUCAGGCACGGGGAAGCAGCGGAGGCCAAGAGGAUCCUCAGGACGGUGUGCGGCUGAUCUUCUUCUUUUUUUGUCGUCCUCUCCGUCGGUGGAGCCAGGAAUUGCGUUGCGUGCCGGGGAAAGCGGUACUACGAAAUGGGGGGGAUGGAUCAUGGACGGAUGGAAGAAAUCCGGAAAUUCCGUGCGUGUGCCUGGCCAAGGGUAACGUGCUGCUCGGCGCCGACGACGUCGGCAGAUCUGCAUACCUGACCCACUAGCGUUUCUGUAUUUCCUUUCCUGUGUGCCCUUGACCUUCGAUAUUGAAGUCGUUGUCGAGUGGCAGAAGAGGCUAAUUAUAUAUAGUCCUCGAAUAGUGUUUUUUUUUUGCGUCUGCACGAGAGUUUAUUUAUAUGUUUGUAAGCAUAAGAAAAUAGAGGAUGUACUGCGUGGAAAUAGAGCGCCGACAGAUCUUGUGAGCGUAC